GAGCGAGGAUAUUAUUUAUCGACAAACCAGAAGGGAGAGGUCGGCGCUGGCUGUAUCUAUAAAAGAUGAGAAUGCAUUUGAUACAAAAUACAAAAGCCCAAACAUUCAUUAACAUUUAUGACCCAUUGUAUUGUUAAAUGCAGUAACACAAAAUCCAAAAUACUGUUACUUUUUUCUGUGUGAUUAUCUGUCACAGACAUUCUUAGCCUUUGAGGAGAGCUCUUGUCAGUACCUCAUUGUUUGCACUUUUACAGACUCUCCCUCUCUCUCUUUCUUUAUUCACAUUUCUCAUUUUCCACUUUGCUUUUUCCCACCAUUGUUGAAGAUAAAGCAUUUUUUGCAUAUUCUCUCUUUCCACUUCUCUAAGUAAUAAUAAUGAGUGCCAAAUGGUUCUUGUUAUGUUCCUUACUGUUGAUUUUUGUUACUGAGUUUGGUUAUUGCAGCGUGACUUAUGACAAGAAGUCUCUCAUUAUCAAUGGCCAAAGAAAAAUUCUUUUUUCUGGUUCCAUUCAUUACCCCAGAAGUACCCCUGAUAUGUGGGAGGGGAUUAUACAGAAGGCAAAAGAUGGAGGAUUGGAUGUUAUAGAAACCUAUGUGUUUUGGAAUCUUCAUGAACCUUCACCUGGCAAUUACAACUUUGAAGGACGUAAUGAUUUAGUUCGAUUCAUAAAGCUGGUUCAGAAGGCAGGGCUCUAUAUGCAUCUUCGAAUUGGGCCUUAUAUUUGUGGAGAGUGGAAUUUUGGUGGUUUUCCUGUAUGGUUGAAGUACGUUCCUGGUAUCAGCUUCAGAACUGAUAAUGAACCUUUCAAGAGGGAAAUGCAAAGAUUCACACAGAAAAUUGUCCAAAUGAUGAAGAAUGAGAAGCUAUUUCAGACCCAAGGUGGUCCUAUCAUUCUCUCACAGAUUGAGAACGAGUAUGGGUUAGAAAUAAAAAAAUAUGGCGCUCCUGGUCAUGCGUACAUGACUUGGGCGGCUAAAAUGGCUGUUGAAAUGGGUACUGGGGUUCCGUGGAUUAUGUGCAAAGAGGAUGAUGCCCCUGAUCCAGUGAUAAACACCUGCAAUGGUUUUUAUUGUGAUUACUUUUCCCCUAACAAACCUAACAAGCCAACGAUAUGGACAGAGGCAUGGAGCGGCUGGUUUGAUGAUUUUGGCGGUCCAGUUCAUCAUCGACCAGUUGAAGAUUUGGCCUUUGCAGUUGCACGGUUUGUUCAGAAAGGAGGCUCCUUGGUGAAUUAUUAUAUGUAUCAUGGGGGAACCAACUUUGGAAGAACAGCUGGAGGGCCUUUCAUCACUACCAGCUACGAUUAUGAUGCUCCUAUUGAUGAAUAUGGCUUGAUUAGGCAGCCAAAGUAUGACCAUUUGAAGGAGCUUCAUAAUGCUAUCAAGUUAUGUGAACCAGCACUUAUUUCUGCUGAUCCUACCAUUACUGCCUUAGGAAACUAUGAACAGGCACAUGUAUUUUCUUCCGGCUCUGGACAUUGUGCUGCUUUUCUUGCAAAUUUCCAUUUGACUUCACCUGCGAGGGUGACAUUUAGGCACAAACAUUAUGAUCUGCCACCUUGGUCAAUAAGCAUUCUUCCAGACUGUAAAAAUGUUGUAUAUAAUACUGCCAGGGUUGGAGUUAAGACAUCCAAUGCACAAAUGCUGCCCACUGACGUACAACUGCGCACUUGGGAAACAUUUAGCGAAGAUGUAUCCACCAUUGAUGCGGAUUCAAAGCUCACUGUUGUUGGUCUCUUGGAGCAAUUAAAUGUUACCAGGGAUAGGAGUGACUACCUUUGGUACACCACUAGUGCUGAGAUAAGUUCAGCCGAAUCAUUUCUACAUCAAGGACAACAUCUGACUCUUACUGUGCAGUCAGCAGGCCAUGCCUUACAUGUGUUUAUUAAUGGACAACUUUCAGGUUCAGUUUAUGGAAACCGAGAAAACCGAAGAGUUACCUUCAGGGGAGGUGUUAACCUGCAUGCUGGAAUAAACAGAAUUUCCCUACUCAGUGUAGCUGUUGGAUUGCCAAACAACGGAGCACGUUAUGAGACGUGGAGCACGGGAGUCCUUGGACCAGUCGUUCUUCACGGGCUAGACAAGGGACCAAGGGACUUAUCGUGGCAGAAAUGGUCAUACCAGGUGGGGUUGAGAGGUGAGGCGAUGAACUUGGGUUCUCCAAAUGCAAUUUCUGCCGCUGAUUGGGUGGGCGGCUCUUUGAUAGCAAGGCAGCAACAACCUCUUACAUGGUACAAGGUAUACUUCAAUGCACCAAGAGGAAGUGAUCCAUUAGCGCUGGACAUGGGUAGCAUGGGAAAGGGUCAAGUAUGGAUUAAUGGGCAGAGCAUCGGACGAUACUGGACUGCUUACGCCACUGGUAACUGCAGCCCUUGCACUUAUAUAGGGACAUAUCGACAAGGAAAGUGCCAAUCCGGUUGUGGCCAGCCAACUCAAAGAUGGUACCACGUUCCUCGAUCUUGGUUGAAACCAACUGGAAACUUGCUGGUAGUUUUUGAGGAGAUAGGUGGGGAUGCAUCAAAGAUCUCUCUUGUCAAAAGGUCAAUUACAUAUGUAUAGAGAUGAUAUUAUUUAAGAGUAAAAUUUGGUGUGAGCAGAAAGAAAGGGUUCUAUGAAAAGCUCUUAUGCUAGUGUUUUUUUGGCCAAUAAUUAGCUUAUUUGCUUUCCUAUCAUCUUUGUUCAAAAUGUGGCUGCAGUGCUACUGCUCGGCUUCCUCAUCGAUGUAUAUAUCUUAGAAGUUAUUUUUGGAAAAGAACUCUAUUUGCUUAAUUUCAGAAAA